CUUCUCUGCUCACUCUUGACUAUAGAGUCAUACAAAUGAAGGGCUGGAAGGGACCUCAAGAGGCCCUCAAGUCCAGCCCCCCUGUGCUGAGGCAGGACCAAGUAAACCUUAGACCAUCCCUCACGGGUGUUUGUCCGACUUGUUCUUAAAAAUCUCCAAGGAAGGCGAUUCCACAACUUCCCUUGGAAGCGUAUUCCAGAACUUACUACCAUUAUUGUUAGAAAGUUCUUCCUAAUAGCUAACCUAAAUCUCUCUUACCCCACUGAUACUCCAGCCCAAGGGAGGCUGACUUAACUCCAGCCACUGCAUUAGCCCUGGGGCCACUGCUCCAGGGGCCUGGGGCCAGCCAGCUGCUCCGGCAGUCCAAGGGUCGCUGCUCUGCUGGCCCUGGGGCUGACUACUGGCCAGCUGCUCUUGUGGCAGAGGCUGACAGCCGCUGGUCCAGCGCUUCGGGGGCUGACCCACUUCCAGCCGCUGCUUCAGCCCUCGGGCCACUGCUCCACCAGUCCUGGGGCCGACAGCUGCUCCAGCCCUGCCCCGGAAAAAGUCCUGGAGGUCCCGGAAUCAUAUCCUUAGCAUUUUACAAAAGUAGGUAAGGAUUAUUAUCCCCAUUUUACAGAUGGAGGUACAGAGAGUUUAGCUGACUGGCCCAGGCUCCCAUGUAAACCAGUAGCAGAAUCUCAACUAAAAGUCAGGUCUUCUGACUCCCAGACCCAUCCUCUAACCAUUAUAUCACACUGCCAUCCCCAAAAGGAGGAAUCAGCCAAUUGAUUUGGAUAGUAUGAGAACCAGCUGAACCUGGUGCAGUAAAUCAGUUCUCCCUAUGAAACAGUCCCCUGCAGGCUUGACUCCCUUUGCAGGCUGGGGCCUAGCAGGUAUGGUUGGAUCAUAGAAUCAUAGAAGAUUAGGAUUGGAAGAGACUUCAGGUCAUCUAGUCCACCUCCCGUGCUCAAAGCAGACCAAUCCCCAACUAAAUCAUCCCAGCCUGGGCUUUGUCAAGCCGGGCCUCAAAAAUUUCCAAGGGUGGAGAUUCCACAUCAUGCUUUUGCUCCCUUUCUAAUGUUCCUGGGCUUCCCCAUUUUGUUGUGCCCCAGGGUAUGUGACAUACCACUGAGCCUCCAGAAUCAUUCAGAUCUCCCGUGUGUUAUGGCACCAUCUGGAUGACUGUGUAUACUGGACUUUGUGGUGGAUUCUAAGGGCAUGUCUACACUUACGGGUAGAUCGCCACUGCUGCAAUCGAUGCAGCGAGUGUCGAUUUAGUGUAUUUGGAAAAGACACGCUAAAUCGAUUGUGGAGCACUCCCCCAUCAAUUUGUGUACUCCACCUCCCCGAGAAGCAUAAGGGAAGUUGACGGGAGAUGCUCCCCCGCCGACACAGCACAGUGUAGCUACCGCGGUAAGUGGAUCUAAUUACAUCGAUUUCAGUUACAUUAUUCACGUAAUUGAAGUUGCAUAAGUUAGUUCAGUUUACCACGGUAAAUCAGGCCAGGCCUAAGGCUGCAACUAAAGGUAUGUCUAUGCAACAAUACAUAAAUAAAUAAAAAUCAUAGCAGUGAGUGUCAGAGCCCAGGACAGCUAACAGGGGCUUGUGGGGAUAAAAGUAGCAAUGUAGAUGUUUGGGCUUGGAUUGGAGCCUGGGCUCCGAGACUCUUGCCAGGUUUCUGAGCCCUGGCUCCAUACUGAGCCCAAAUGUCUACACUGCUAUUUUCAGCUCUGCAUCAUGCUUGAGUCAGUUAACCCAGGCUUUGAGAUUUGCUGCUGCAGGUCUUUUUUGUUUUGGGUUUUUUUUCCGCUGUGUAGAUGUGCCUUAAAUAGGAACAGCAGAGAGACCACCAGCCCCAGUAGUUCCCAAUUUUUAAUACAGAGAAACAGGCACUAAGGGCCCCUUCUACAAAAAGCAACUCUGUGUAUUGAGCAGUCCCUUUAAAGUAAUCCCAAGAUUUCCAGUUUUAUUUAGUUCUACCUUUAAAGACCUAUCUUCGUGGUGACUGAUCUGCUGGUUCCUUAGGUGACCUGUAAUCCCCUUUUCACUGUAUGUUUGAAUCUAAAAAUUAACCAUCUAUAGGGUAAGAUUUCACACAUACAGAUAAUAAGGGUCUGGUCCUGGUGCCUUUCCUUGCCUGGAACGCCCAUUAACUUUGCUGGCAUUGCAGAGUUGGGCUCUAAAUAAUGACAGAAGCAAACUAGAUUUUUGCACUUUUUGUUGAGUGACAUGCAAGGCGGCCGCCAUUGGUUGGUGCUACAGCUCAGUCCUGAGAUGAACUGAAAGACUAUAGGGGGUUCCAGUGAGGGGGCAGCCGUCAUGGGUCAGGAUGCUGUGCCGUCAACAAAGGCUACAGUGGGCACCCCUCCUCUCUAGUACAGAUCCCAUCCCCCAUUCGCAUCCAGGCUCUCAAUCACCUUGCCCUCUAGCAGAACUCUUCCACUGGCCUUUUCAUUCAAAUGGCCUCCAUUUCUCAUUGGCUGGACACAACUUUUCAUUUUAAAUGAGGGGAAUAGUUUUUCAGUCAUGUCCACCGAGACAGAGAGAGAGCGGCCAUUUCCCAAACAGCCCACACAUCCUGGGCCACUUCACCCCUGGUAUCAAACACUUUAAAAAAAAAAAAAAAGCACUUUUUAUAGCCCUUCAUUACACAUGUUUGAAUACAUCUCAUCUCAUGGAAGGGACAGUCCCUGACUGGUGUAAAUGGACAUAGCUACACUAAAAUCCAUAGAGCUACAGAGAUUUAGGCCGAGCUGAGGAUCUGGCCUCAAAUAUUCAGUUCAUCUAUGCUGGUGCCUGUUUAUUUCUAAUGUGACCCAUCAGGAUGGCUGUAGCCUUCAUCAGCUUGCUAGAUCAACACUGUCAUGUGGGGUUUUUUUUAAUUAUUUAUUUUCUUUAAGGCAACUGACCUUCAUUGGGUGCAAUGACGGAAACGUGCCAAGACAUCCUGCUGAUGAUCUUGGAGGAGCUGGUAGAGGGACAGAGAAAGAAGUUUAAAUUGAAACUCAGUGACAUUCAACUGAGGAAGGGCUAUGCAAACAUUCCCAAGGGACAUCUGGAGAAAGCUGAUGUAACGGACAUGGUUGAUCUGCUGAUUAGAUACUACCAACAGGAGUAUGCUGUGGAGGUGGUGAUAAACGUGCUGGAUCAAAUCAAUGAUAAGGAUCUGGCUGAAAGGUUGAGAAGAAAGUCAGCUGAAGUAUGGAAAACCAGACCUGUUUCUGUAAAGCCCCCUGACAUCGACCACAGAGCGAACUAUGUGGCCUCCGUGAAGGAAAAAUUUAGAAGAAUGAAGGAUUAUAAUUCCAGGCCAGGAGAAUGGGUGUCUUUGGAAGACCGCUACACAAAGCUCUUUAUAGUAAAAAAACACCAUCAAACAGAAGAUAAAGAACAUGAGCUACUGUCUAGAGGAAAAAGACACAUGGAUAUCAUGAGGAAGCCGAGCAGCUUUGUGGACUCCCAUGUUAAUGUGGAACAUCUUUUUGACACAUUAUCAGAUGGCACAAUAACCAGAAAAGUGAUCUUACAAGGAAUAGCAGGGAUUGGAAAGACCGCUACAGUUGGGAAAAUUAUGUAUGAUUGGUCAUCUGGGAAGCUUUACCGGGGCAGAUUUGAUUAUGUUUUUCAUUGGAGCUGCAGGGAGCUAAACCAAAGAACAGAAAAACUGAGCCUAGCUCAAUUAAUUUUACAAAACUGGGGACAUCCAAAGCCAGAGAUAGGAGAAAUUUUGUCUUGCCCAGAAAAAGUCUUGUUCGUCAUCGACGGCUUUGAUGAACUCAGGUUUCCUGAGGAUUAUGAUAAAAAUAAAAGCUUAUCCUGUGAUUUGGACACGCCUCACUCAACAGCAGCAGCUGUGGUUGAAAGUCUCCUCAGCAGCCAGAGCCUUUCGGAAGCAUGCCGCCUUGUCACAACGAGACCCUUAGCCGUAGGAAUGCUGGAGACCCAUAUGAAAGCCGACCUCUGGGCAGAGAUUGUGGGCUUCUUGGAGGAAGACAGAAAGGAGUUUUUCAAGAAGUUCUUCAAAGAUGAAGAGAGAGCAGCUUUUGCCUACAGUUAUAUUCAAGAAAAUGAUGUAGUGUUCACCAUGUGUUUCGUCCCCCUCAUCUGCUGGAUUGUCUGUACAACCCUGAGCCUUCAAUUGAGGUAUAGCGAAGAGCUCGAUCAGAAGGUGAGCACAACCACUGAAAUGUUUACCUAUUUUGUGGCCACUUUAUUGCAGUCCCAUGGUCGUACACAGACAUCCACACAAGACCUUUUUCACAACCUUGGAUCAUUGGCCUAUGGUGGUGUGAGGGACCAGAAAGUGCUGUUUGAUGAGAGUAUGCUGAGAAAGUGUAACUUGGAGGUGUCAAAAGGUCCAUCAACUUUCCUCACGGAAUUGCUGCAGGCAGAUAUUUUUGUGGAAACUAUCUAUAGCUUUGUGCAUUUGACUGUGCAGGAACUGUUUGCUGCCUUGUUCACCUUCUGGAACAAGGAGAAAGCUUCUGAGCUCUUGAAAGAAGCCUUUGUGGAGAAUAAAAGCCAUUUGAUCUUAACUGUUCGCUUUCUGUUUGGAUUGAACAAUGACAAGUCACUAAAGCCUUUGAAAAGGUACUAUGAAACCAGCAUGGGUCUCUCAAAGGAUGAGCUGCUGAAAUGGACUAAGAAGGCAUUGCUUAUUUGCCAGGAACAGGGCAAGGAGAGCCGUCUCCUCCUGGAGCUGUUGCAUUGUUUGUUUGAGAUUCAGGAUGAGGAGUUUGUCAGAAGUGCUUUGGAGGAGAUGAAGGAAUUAGUCUUCCUGGAGAACAAUCUAGGUCAGGAUGACCAACAGGUGAUCCUGUACAGUCUGCAGCAUGCCAAGGAAUUCAGUCAGCUGAAAUUGGGCAGUCUGAAAGAGAGGGACAUGAUCAAACUGGUUCCGUUGCUAGGGAAAUGCAAACAGAUCCAUUUUAACGCCUCUGGAAUCUCAUUGUCUACGGUACUCAAGGUGUGUGCUCACCUUUUACAAAAGCUUAGAAUGACCAGACUGCAUGUGGACCACGAAGCAGAAGAUGAAAUGUAUUUUACAGUGGAAGCGAGCUGUGAAAGGGGCCCUUGCACAAUAACUUUAGAUAACUUUCCUGAAGACACUGCCAUUGCGAUUUGUGACCACGUUAUUCCAGCUCACCCUGGCAUUGUCACCCUUGAUGUGAACAGGAUUCGGGGAAGCAAGGAAUUUGUAAAUAGCCUGAAGAACAGUCUUCUGGACUCGGACUGCAGACUGGAAUCAGUGGGCUUCAACAUUGAGAACCCCAGACUCCAGGCUUUCCAGGACAUCUGCCAACAUCUUGCUACUUGCCGUAGCCCGAGAAAAUUCCUCUUAUUCCGAAGGUAUGAGGAGGAUGAAAUACAUUUUGGAUAUGAGGCAAAGGAUGAGGAGAAGAGUGGCAAAAGACUCCAAAAGAAAAAGAAGAAUCAAAAGAGAAAGGGAAAGAAUGAGACACAGAAAAAGUGUUUUCCCUGGCCAUGUUUAAUAAGAAAAACGAGUGAGAAAAAGGAAAAGAAAAAAGACUGCAUUGCUGUCCUCUCCUGUCUCCCUGAAGAGUAUUUUCUUGAGCUCACCAAGUGGGUCACCUCCACGUUCACUCCACUAACCCUGUGCCUGGAUGAAAAUUCCAUCAAUGAUGAGCGGAUGAAAACAAUAUGCGAAAAUCUGAACAGUACUGAUUAUCAGCUUCAGUCACUGAGCCUUCGCUCUUGCAGCAUAACCCACAAGAGCAUGACUAAUAUCUGCUCGCUAUUCCUCUGCAACACGGCAGUCUCCUUGGACCUGCAGAGCAACCCUGUGGGGGAUGAAGGAGUUAAAAUACUUGCGGCGUGCCUGAGGAGUAAAAGUUGCUGCCUAGAAAAACUGAGCGUAUCAUGUGCUGAUCUCACAGAAGACUGUGUCCCUGCCAUCACGUCUCUGUUUUCCCAGAAGAACACCCUGAUUUGGCUUGACCUGAGCUUUAAUAACCUCGGAGAUGGUGGAGUGAAAGCCUUGUGCUCUGCCCUGAAAGAUAAGGAGAGCCAUCUUGAGAAGCUAAUCCUUGAAGACAGUGGCAUCACUAACAACUGUGAGCAGGAACUCAUCCAACUCAUUGAAAACACCCUGUCUCUGAAAUACCUGUGCUUGGAUGAUAAUAAGUUUACAUCCACCUCCAGAACCCGCAUCUAUGAUGUAUGGGACAAGUAUCAUGAUGAGGAGGAGGAGGUGGAGGAAGACUGACUGUGAAUCGCAGGCACUGCGCUCAAUUCUCUCUUCUUGGCUGUGAAGGUAGAUGCAGAUCUCGGGAACUUCAGUAUAUUACACAAACGUGCUAAGGAAAGGUACCAGAAUGAAACCACUGGGAUUUUUAUAGUAAAUUCUUUACACGCUGAACAAAGUGCAACACGGGAUGCAGCAGUGCAAUCAUUUCCUAUACUGCUCUUCCCAUGAGCCUCAACCCUGGCAUGGAUGGAGCAUCUCUAAGGAUGAGAUGGUUACAGUCUCCAUGCUCACCCAGCCCUUGGCUUUUCUGAUGUGACUGGCAUAAAGGGUGCCAAGCAGAGGUGAUGGCAGAGAGAACAAAGGGGGCAAGAGGAAACCCACCUAUACAGACCCAGAAGUUGAAAUCUGAGUUUCAGAAAUGACCUUAUCAAGUGACCUGACGUUUAUAGAUGGCAACUUUGCAAACUACAGUCAACUCAGAGCUGCAAGCUGGUGGUUGUUCAGUACACUAAAGAAACUAGGGCAAAUAACUCUUGCUUGUGAGUAAAUGUUUACUGGUUCUUGUCUAUUACUGAGCAAUACAGUGUAGGACAAAUAGUUCCAAAAUUAAAGGAUAAUGCAAGACA